CCCCUCUCACAUGACGCCCGACAGAAUGCGGAAAAGCGCCAGACGCGCGUUGCGGGGCGAGGUUUCAUCCCUUUACAAAGCUCGCUCUUUUUCUUUCUCUUUCUUGUCUUCUCUCCCUCCGCGUUGGAAAGAGGCGGCUUCGCAAGAUCUGUUCCUCUGCUUGGGCUGCAGCAUCCCAAGAAAGCAAGGAGGUACCUUUUCUGGGAGGACAAAACAAAGUUACUUUGGAAGCCUCUGCUACAUCCUUCCAUUGCUACUUUGAAGCCGCCCAAAGUCUCAAACUUUCAAAGCAGCUCCAACUUUCAGACCUGUUGAGAGAGUGCGUGGUCCCUUUGAGCCCAGGUCGAGGACUUCCUGCUGUUCCUGGAGGAGAUGCUCUGCAGGCGCAAAACUAAAGUGCCUUAAGUCCCCAGCUUCUCUGGAGGUUGCUGCUGAGUUCUUGGUUGGCUGGAGGGGAAAGUGAGGCGUCUCUUUCUCCAAAGCCACCCCAGGGGAAGGCCCUUACUUCCUGACCUCCCGCCAUGGUGGGCCACCAUGACCAUAUGUUCAAGGUGCUGAUCAUUGGGGAUGCCACUGUUGGGAAGACCUCCUUGGUCCAGCGAUAUGCCAAUGACAGUUUUAACAAACAUUACAAGUCCACCGUCGGAGUGGAUUUUGCUCUGAAGGUGGUGCAGUGGUCAGACUCUGAGACAGUGAGGCUGCAGUUGUGGGACAUUGCAGGUCAAGAACGGUUUACAUCUAUGACUCGACUGUACUAUAAGGAGGCAUCUGCCUGUGUUAUCAUGUUUGAUGUCACCAGUGUGAGCACAUUCACCAGCUGCCAGAAGUGGAAGCAGGAUUUGGACAGCAAGCUGAGGCUACCAGAUGGAAACCCUGUCCCUUGUCUGCUACUAGCUAACAAAUGUGACCUUUAUCCUUGGUCUGUGACUAGAGAAGAAAUUGAUCGAUUCAGCAAAGAGAAUGGAUUCACUGGAUGGACUGAAACUUCUGUCAAGGAAAAUAAGAAUAUAAAUGAGUCCAUGAGGGUCCUUAUUGAGAAGAUGAUGAUAACAACGACAACAUUGCUGAGUGACAAAGAGAUCUCUCUUUCAGGGCAGGGAGACUACAUCAAUCUAAAAGAUGCAACUACGUCCAAUUGGGGAUGCUGCUAAUUGCAUGGGCUUCUGCAUCUGAUCAGAGAUCAAGGGUACUUUUCAGAUAAAUAUGUCUAAUUUUUUUUACAGAGUCAAAGCAAGUUUUCUUUACACAUUUGUGAGCAGUGAAGGAGAAAGAAGUCCUUGAAACUAGCAGAUAUAAUUGAAACCACUUUCUUUGUUCUUCUGAUGUGGUCCAGCAGUAUACGCCAUUCAACACUGCAACCUUGGUAAAGUCAAAAAGGAAUUAUAUUCUGCUCAUUGCUGCUUCCAUUGCAGUUGAGGGGAAAGUCUCCACUCCUGUUAAUCCAAGAUGUUAUGGCAGAAGACGUUCCUAUAGGAAACUUUCAGCAAUCCUAAAGCAAAGCCGAAUUAAUAUGUGACUAAUGUGCACGCACAUGUGUUUUGAACCAGACUGCCUUUGAUUUAUCAUCUCUAGAAAUGUGCUUCGAGCUGUAACCCAGCUGCAGAAAUCUUUCACCACAACUCACGUGAAGGUGCAAUUUCUUGCCAUGGGAAGCCUAUUGCCACUUUUGUAUGUGCCUUUCUCUCUUGCCAAAGACUGCAAGUUUUAAAUUGAACUCUGGCCUUUUUUGUGUCCAUGUUUUUAUGUGGGUCGCACAAUUGUUCCUUUUCCUGGUGCCAUUUUAUCAGAGAACCCAGCACUGAAUUGAAGCGAAAGCUGUAAACUGUUUUGCAUUGAUGCACCUUAGCAGAGCACCAACUGUGUUCUUUGUUUUUUAUAGUCCUUUCCUUCACAGCAUCUAAUUUGCCUCUUUCGAAUGCUGAUGAAUUACUUCCUCUCAGCUGUCCUACUGUGUGGGUCUAGAUUGCCAUUAUGCAAUGCUGCCUGAAAGCCCACCCACCAGUUUUAGUGAUCUGAGGGGGAAACACAGAAUCAGAGGCCCAGCAGGGACAAAAAGCAAGAGUUAAAUUUUCCCUGCAUCCCUUUGAUAGCAGAUAUUUUCCUAUUUUAAUGUUAUGACAAGUGAAAGACUUGUGUUUUUUUUCUGGAAUAAGGACAAUUAUACUUUAAUUUCAUUUGUUUUUAAAGUGGGCCACUUCAUAAUUCAGGAGGGUUGAAAUAGCAGGAUGGUGAAAUGCAUUGAGGUGUCUGAAUUUUUAAUUGUCAUUUUAAAAUAAAAAGUUAAGGGGUGAAUUCUUAUGGGAAAAAUAUACUGUGGAUGAAUGAGAUACUUAUGUGCUUGACAAUUUAGAAAGUAGUUGGGAGACUGGUUAAAAAUGACCUUUAAAGGUAUGAACAUUAGUCUCUAUUAGUAUCCAAGGAAAACUUUCAUGGUAGCUGCAAAUAGGUACCAGAUAAUGUUGCAGAUCAUCUUAGACUGCGGUGCAUGUUUGCCAGAUAAACAAAUAACUCUUUACUGUUUUUUUGAACAAACUAGAAAGGAUACUAAUAAUUUGUCCAUUAACCUUCCCCAUGUAAUAUAAGUGUUGUGGGUUUAUAUUAUAAUAUAAAAUAAUAAUAAAAUAUAGGAUAUUGAACAACUGCUGCUAAGUAAAGUUAUGUGCACUGGAUGGGGAAGUAGAAUCACUUUUGGUUUGGAUGAAAUUUUAAAUGACAGUAACUUUUGUUGAUCACCAGUAUUUUUAAAGGUGAUUGAAGACUGUCACUGAUUUUUUCUGAUGUAUCUGAAAAAUGCUGUAAAAAUGCAAAGCAUUGAGAAAUUUAAGCUGAACCUUUUUUAAAGGGGCAUCUCUAUAUUAUCCUAAUUUCCGUCUAUAGAUAAACAGUAUUGUAGAACUCAACUGUGAGUUGUACAUAAACAUCUCUUUUGAUUAUUUGAAGUGAGACACAAGAAAAUUAAUCUCAGGUUGGUUCUGUGUGAAUGAGGUACACAUUUUCCUGAAUCAAUAAAAAGUGUUUAGGAAAGGAGUUAAAUAAGAGCUGUCUAGAAAAAUUCACUUAUCCACAUAUAAUCUAGACAGUCUUUAUGAUACUGUCAUUUGUAAAACCUGGUAUAUACAGUAAUGGUAGGUCUUGCCUUUUGUUCCAUCCUUUUGUAAAGUAUUCUACAGCACAGAGUCUGUCUGGCAGAAAUUUCUACUCAGUAACUGGAAGAAAGCACCUUUGAACACAUUUUUCAGAUCAUUCCAAGAGCAUCUCUAACACAACACUGAUCUCUAUCAGGGCAGCAAAACUACUUUCUGUAGUAAAGAAUCAAAUGCAUUCCACUUGGGUUUUGGGAGACAACCCAAGUUACUAAUCUGUGUUACCUGGGUGUGGGGAUGCAUCUGUGACACUUGGGAACUCAUGCACAUUACCUUUUCACACAGUGCCUGUUUUUGAGCCUUUCUAAUAAUUCACAAGGUUUUAUUCCCAAAAAGUAAAAACACAAAAAACGUGUGAUAAACAUUUAAAAGUCCUGGCAGCUAGGCAAACAGCUGGCUUCCUAAAAGAUUACUUUGUUAGGACCAGCUACAAUACAAAAUAUAAAACACAACAUCACAAGAGUUUUAUAAUUAAGAUAGUUCUUUGCAAAAGAAGUGUUGUAUUUCUCUCUCUCUCUUCCCUCCCUCCCUACAUAUGUGUUUUGGUCCUGAGUUCUUUGAAAAUUUUUGCCACUAAACUCUUUGUCAAAGUGGAAUUUAUUACUUGGUUUCAAGGACUGAUUGUGUAGGCUUUUAAAUUUUAUGCAUCUCCAAAGAAACACCUUUACAGAUUAUGGCACCCCUUCAUUACUUAUCAUUAAAACCUCUCAAAUCCUGUGGAGUUUGUUGCAGAUUAAGUGAAAGCCAUAUAAGUAAAGAUGGAUCCAAAUGGCAUGUUUUUUGUCAUUGGAGAUUGUCCUCCAUUUCCUUUAGUAUGCAAGGAAAACCCAUCUGGUAGCUGCAAGCAGAGGGCCAAUUAAAUGUUUCUUAGGUCAUAAAUGCCGUGUACGUUAUAUAUAGGCCUCUGUACAUGGUCAUGUCUGUAUAAAAGUUUCCUGUCUAUCCUAUUAGUACAUUCAGGCAGAAGGAAAAUGGGCAGAAGAGUUUUCAACCUCACUACCAAAUAAAUCAUGACAUGAUGUAGGACAGGGGUCCUCAAACUUUUUAAGUGGAGGGCCGGUUCACGCUCCCUCAGACUGUUGGGCGGCUGGACUAUGAUGAAAUAGUCCAAAAUUAGGAUUGUUGUUGUUGUGUGUCUUCAAGUCGUUUCAGACUUAGGUCAACCCUAAGUCUAAAGUUUAGGACAGAGGCUAGGUAAAUGACCUUGGAAGGCUUUAGUUUGGGGAUCCCUGAUCUAGAUGGUCUCAUAAGACCAUCGGUAAGGAAAGGGACCCACAAGGGCCAUCUAGAUUCAUUUCAUAAGACCAUAGGCAAGGAAAGGGGCCCCCAAAGGCCAUCUAGACAGUCUCCUAAAACCAUAGGUAAGGAAAGGGACCCUCAAAGGCCAUCUAGAUGGUCUCAUAGGACCACAGGUAAGGAAAGUGACCUUCAAAAGCCAUCUAGAUGGUAUCAUAAGGCCGUAUCUAAGUAAAGAGACCUUCAAAGACCACCUAGAUGAUCUCAUAAGACCAUAGGUAACCAAAGAGACCUACAAAAACCAGGUAGACUUAGGUCAACUCUAAGUCUAAAGUUUAGAACAGGAGCCAGGUAAAUGACCUUGGAGGGCCGCAUCUGGCCCGCGGGCCUUAGUUUGGGGACCCCUGGUGUAGGAUACUUCAUAAUGAUGCCAUAUUCUUGUAGAAUCCACUAUCCGUGUGUUCACUCCUUCACAUGCCCGUAUGACAUAGACACGCUGCUGAAUUUGAUUAUUCAGUUAAACACACUUCCAAAUUGGAUUGUUGAACAGGGAAGGAUGUCCCAGUGACAUUUAUUCUAUGUUUGAUCAUAUUUGCCAGGCUAUCAACAUAAAAUUGUCAUCCAAUCUAUGUGGUACUUCUGUUUUUUAUUAGUCUGGGUAAAAAUAUUUUUAAACGAUACUAUAGAAUAUAAUAUCUAGGUAUACAUUACUUUAGUGUUAAUUUUUGUAUGAUUUUGACAUCUGCAAUUAUGUAUUGUACUGGUGAACCUAAACCACAUGCAUCUAAACGUAUUACCUUUCUGCUUGUCAACUUGUUAUCAACGUUUUAGAUUAAUAUUUUAGUCUGGACUACACUGUAAUUUUGUCCUUUGAAAUUUUUUUCUUUGUGACAAAAAUGAAAAGGCAUUUUGACAUAAAAUAUUGUAUUAAGAGCAAAGGCAGCAUUAUAAGUUGUGUUCCUUCCCACCUUCAUUCUUUUAUUUCCUGUUAAAACACUUUUCAGACACCCUUUAAAAAUGCUGUUAAAGUAAUCAAACAAUACUGCCAUCACAGAAAGGCAUUUUAGUAUUAUUUAAAGUAUUUAAGUGAGAAUAAUAACAAAUAUUUUAAAAAUUUGAUUAAAAGCAGCAUAUUCAAAAUUGUGUCAUUUCCAUGUGCAGGGAUAUGUCAUGCUCGCUAGUGUGUAUUAUCAGUCCUCCACAGAACUUUAUGAAAAUUCCAUUCCAAUUCUGCAUACAGCUUAUAAAGGGAGGACAAUUGAUGGAUAGUGCUAAGAACUAUCUGUCUCAGAGUUUAUUCUAAGGUUUUUUCUUACCACACAAGAAAUCAGAAGACUGGAUGAGGGAUGUUUUUCCUGGAGUUCUGGCAUUGAGCAGAGACCCUGAACCAAUAGCCUUUAAACCCAAUGAGUUUGUGAUGUUUUGCCCAGUAUCAUAAAGUGAAUUGGAGUAAAUGGAGACAACAUUAAUGAGACAUUGACCGAAGACACAUUAGCACUAUCUCUGAGCUGUGAUAUGGCCCUUACCAGAGCUCACAUAGUUUAUGCCAUAAUUAAAUUCACAGCAAAAUCUGGUGAUGAAACCUUGUUCUUUCUAGGUGCUAGUGAACCCUACAGCCAUAGUACAAAAGGAGUACUCUGUAGUUUACAAUUCCAGCAACAAUGAAGUUGGAUCCAAAGCAGCUAGAAAUACAGUCAGUCCUCCUAAUUUGCUGGUGUUAGGGCCACAAAAUCCCAAUGAAAGUGGAAAACUCUGAAUAAAAAAAAUCCCAAUGUUACAGUGUUUCUUGUUUAUUACUAGUAUAUAUAAAUUUCAAUAAAUAUUAUUUUUAAAUUACCUUUUUUAUUCUGUAAGAAUACUUCUCUGGGAAUUUCUAAGUCCUUGAGCAUGACGCUAUGGUCAAUGUCCACUGGAAAAUGAACAUAGAAUUGCACUGGAGGACCUAAAGAGAAUAUUUUAAUAACAUCCAUAAAUGAUCAAAUCUACAAAAGUUAUAGUCGCAAAUGUGGAGGGUUGACUAUAUCUUCAUGGAUAUAUCUUCUUUUCUCACAGAUGCAGCAGUCAUGUAUUAAGCCCUAAUAGUAUAUUAUUAACAUAAAGUUAUGCAGAUGGAAAGAUUAAUUUUCUGUGUUGAUUUCAUCUAUUUGCUUUCAGAAAUAACUUUGUCCCUAAUUAUAACUUAUGCUGCAAACUGCAGCGACAUCUAUUUCCUACUGUACAUUUUAUUUUUCUACUGCAUAAAAUGUGUCUAGUGGCGCAUUAAAAUAAUGCCUGUCUGUCUGCAAAUUUCCCCUAAUAUCAUUGCAACUCCACAAGCAACUCUGUGGGGUUCUCGGAGGGAUAGGCAGUAUUUCGCCCAUAUGAUCAGUAUUUUAACUGAUAAUUCCCCCUCAAGAAUUGGUGCUUAUUCAGAAUAUCAAUUGCUUUUCCUGUAGAUAUAGCUAAUUUUAAGAUUCAUUACUUCUAACUACCAUGUUAACAUAUUGUUUUAUAUUUAAAAGAAAAGAGGGGUUUUAGGUGUGCUAUUCACCAUUCAAUGCAGUAUUGAAAUAAUGAACAGACAUAUGCAAUAAAUAAAUGAAAUUUCUUGAUA